UUUGUGUUAGAGCGCGGCAUGCAGGGAGACGGGUCGCGUGACGUCACGACGCACCUCGGGACCUCAGUGCAGCCCGAGGGAGGAAGGAGAAGAGAGCGUCUGAAAGGAAUAACCAUGCAGGACAGCAUCAGACUUGCUUCAGCUGGUGAUGAUAUUAAAAUAUGGGAUUCUUCAUCCAUGACACUGGUAGAGCAAUUCAAUCCCCACAGCACAUCACAUCCCGUAUCUUCGUUGUGUUGGAGCAGUAACGAUCACUUCCUGGUCAGUGCUUCUGGCAGUGGUGAUAAAAUAGUCUUUUCAAGCUGUAAGACUAAACCGGUUCCACUCUUGGAGCUGGCAGAGGGGAAGAAGCAAACUUGUGUAAAUCUGAACUCGGGCUCCCAAUAUGUAGUCAGUGGAGGGCUCGAUAAAACGGUUAAUAUCUGGGAUUUCAAAUCAAAACGACUUCAUCGAACACUAAAGGAUCACAAAGAGGAAGUAACUUGUGUUACAUUUAAUGGUAAUGACAGCUAUAUUGCCUCCGGUUCUACGAGUGGAGAAAUCGUACUGCAUAAUGUAACUACCAAUUUAUCCAGCACACCUUUUGGCCAUGGAAGCAGCCAGCCCAUUCGACAUUUGAAAUAUUCCUAUAUGAAGACGUUUUUGCUUGGUGCUGUAUCCGACACUGGUUGUGUGACCUUGUGGGAUGCCCACAGCCAGAAUCCAUACCAUAUGUUUGAGGGUGCUCACAAGGCUCCAGCAUCUGGUAUAUGUUUCUCACCAGUGAAUGAUCUGCUUUUUGUGACCGUUGGACUAGACAAACGAAUUAUCUGUUAUGAUGUUUCCAGCAAAAUUCGUCUUCAAACUGUGGUAGUGGAAUUACCUUUGACUGCUGUAGACUUUAUGGCAGAUGGAACUACACUGGCAGUUGGCUCUUCUCGUGGGAAAAUUUACCUUUACGACUUAAGAAUGUUAACCUCUCCAAUUAAAACAGUUGGUGCUCAUAAGACAUCUGUGCAAUGCAUUCAGUUUCAACACGGCAGCAGCCACAUGUCUAGAAAGUCAAGUAAAACAUCGGUGUCAUCUGGUGUCAACAAGAAAGCAACUGGUGGAACACUUUCAUUUAAAGAUGUACCUGCCCAGACACAGCCAACCACAGUGGUGGAAAAUAAGGUCCAGGAGAUUGAUGACAAAUCUGGUAUGCCACGUAGCACAAGUCUUGAUGUAAUACCAUCAAAAGAAACAGAUUUUUCUAAAACUCCAGAUUUGAAAUCUGUAGAUACGUUUGGGCGAAGUAGUUUAGGAGAUAUAUUCUCUCCUGUUCGUGAAGAUGCAUUAUACUUUAAAGGGAUGGAUGAACUCACUUCUAAAGGAAAUGAUCUUGAUUUCUUGGCUCAGUUAAAUUCCAUGCCUGCCACAAGGCGACAUCCUGUUGGUGCCAGUUCACAAGGAAUGCAUUCCUCUCCAUUGCACUUAAUUAUUGGAAGCCCAAUUAAAGAAGAAGAUGAGCCACAAAAUGUAGAGCUUAACGCAAGAAGACCGUAUGUUAAAAAGCCAGAUUUAAGAGAGAAUUUUAAACGGCCUGCAAAACCAUCAAAUGCUGAGCAUAUUAAUUUGACUACAUCACCUGUGCCUGUAUCACGGACUCCCGAAGCAAUUGAAAGAAAAGGAAAUCUUAUGCAACCCCAAUUUAAACAAGAUGUUCCAGCUUAUAUUACAAAUGCAGCAAGCCCAAAGUUAUCUACAUCAAUCAGUUCAGACAUCGCUUCCUCAUUGUCAGAAAAAAUUACCGAUUCAUUGGCUAGUGAGAAAAGUGGAGCCCCCUUAACAUCUGUUCAAAUUAAUUUCAUAAGAAACAUGAUAGAGGAAACGCUUGAUGACUUCCGGGAAGACUGUCAUAGAGAUAUUGUCAAUUUACAAGUGGAGAUGAUUAAGCAAUUUCAUUUGCAGUCGACUGAAAUACAAAUGCUUCUUGAACGAUACUCUAUAAACGAAAACUUAGUUGCAGAGAUAGAAAAGCUACGUGAAGAGAAUAAAAGGUUGCGUUCUAACUUUUAAAACCAAACCAAAUCAAAAGCCUUUUAUGGAAAUGACAAGACAAGAAUGAAGUUUUCUCUCAUCUGUGCUAAGUGUUGAUAAAACUUCAAGCAGAAUUCAUUUGCGGUGGCAAAACAGUGUUCACUGGCAACAAGUGUUUACAAAGCUGGGAGGAGUGGUGUUAAUGGCACUUUAAAGAAAAAAGAGGCAAAUAUUGAAACGUAUUAUCACUGUGUAUAAUAUAUAAACUCUUGGGAAUGGGUAUCCAUAUGUUAAAGGGCAAUUACCACCCAAAAAUUAUAACUUUGUUCUCGGCAAAGGGACUUUUUGGUAAAUGCUAUAUGUGAUGAGGCCUACUUGUGUUUUUAUGCUGACACUCCCUGAACCAUGCUCACACCUCACACAUUCUGCAAAGAAAUAAGUCUACAAGAGUGUCUAGAUUUAUGAAUCAGAAAACCCACUAGCAUCUGCCAGAUAUUAAAAACUGAUAUUGGGGGGACUGAUUGUCUUAUAUGGAAGGUGUGUAGAGUUUUGGCCCUGAGGUCUUGCUGUCAGAUUUUGCAAGAGUAGUUUUACAUUUAUGGAUCAAAUAACCCACUAACAAUCUACCAAAACUGAAAUUUUGUUUAACCUUAGCCAAAUCUCCAGAUCAUGUGGAACACUAUAGUUGCACUAUGGCCACUUAAAGCUAAACUCCAGGUUAAGCAAAGAUUGAUGAAUACAAGAUGGUCUUGUAUCCGCCCUCCUCCUAAAGUUUUCUUCAGGCAACCUAAACUAGGUAGACCUGCUUGGACCCCUCCUAGAGCUUUGCACAGGUUCUGUGCAACACAGUGAUGUUAUCUCUCUAAUUUUUGACGCUUUUUAUUUGAAUAAAAAUGUGUAUGGCUAAAGUUUAGCUUUAAAUUGGUACAUUCAGUCAGUCUAGGUUCACACUAGAACGCGGUUUUGAAAACCCACGUUCCGUGCGUGUUUACCACGUUGAGACCUGCAGUGAAUGUCAAUGUAAGUUAAAGACACCUUAAACGCAGGUCGCAAACGCAGUGCGUUUGCAUGCACCUGUAUCACAUGGUAAAAAAAAGUGCAUGCACUACUUUUGGUGUGAUUUGAGCCCAUCCAGAAUGAAUGGGCUUAAAUUGCAGUGCACUGUUCACAUGUGAUCGCACAGGAAUGGGCAGCACGUUCCUUUGCAGUUCAUAGUGUGAACAGGGGCUUAUUGUAUAGAAUGCCUAUGUGAUAAGAAAUGUGUUCUAUGUUCUGAACUGAUCAGCAAGGUAAUUCUGUGUGAUAAUCUGUUUGCACAUGGAAACCUUCCACUAAACUUGUACUUUUUUUCUGCAA